AUGAAACUUGACGCCAAAGCUCUGCGUUAUUUGACCUCUGAGGAUUUCAGAGUGCUUCAAGGGGUCGAAGCCGGCAGUCGCAACCAUGAAGUCGUUCCUACUCCGCUGAUCUCCCAGUUGUCUGGCCUCCGUGGCGGCAGCGGCGUGCAUCGUUCCAUCUCCAAUCUCGCCAAGACGAAUCUGAUCGCCAAGGUCAAGAACGCAAAAUAUGACGGUUAUCGACUUACAUAUGGUGGUCUCGACUAUUUGGCGCUCAACGCGCACCAGAAGCAGAAGGUGGUUUACUCGGUCGGCAACCAGAUCGGUGUGGGUAAAGAGUCAGACAUUGUCGUUGUCGCCCACAGCAGCGGCUCGCAGCGUAUCCUCAAGAUUCAUCGCCUCGGUCGAAUCUCCUUCCGAACUGUCAAGACCAACCGCGACUACCUUCGCCACCGAAACACAGGGUCGUGGAUGUACAUGUCCCGUCUAGCGGCUAUGAAAGAGUUUGCCUUCAUGAAGGCGCUGCGCGAGAACGGUUUUGCGGUCCCAGAGCCCAUCGCCCAGAACAGACAUACGAUUGUCAUGGAAUUGAUCGAUGCAUUCCCACUCCGCCAGAUCUCCAGGGUGCCCCAUCCAGAAGCGUUGUAUUCGGAAUUGAUGGAUAUCAUUCUCGAACUUGCGCGAUUUGGUCUGAUCCAUGGCGAUUUCAACGAGUUCAACAUCUUGAUCAAGGAGAUUGCGGAUCCUAGCGAAAAAGGAAAGGCUGCGGCUGAUGCGGAUACUGAAGAGUCUGAAGAGAAUAUCCGGCUGGAACCGGUUAUUAUCGACUUCCCUCAGAUGGUCUCCAUUGACCAUGUCAACGCGGAGAUGUACUUUGAUCGAGACGUCAACUGUAUCAAGCGAUACUUCCAGAGGAAGUUCCACUUUGUCAGUGAUGUACCAGGGCCUUUCUUCUCUGAUGCGAAGAAGAACUUCCUCAGAAACCCGGGCAAGCGCCUGGAUGUGGAAGUCGAGGCCUCUGGAUUCUCCAGGAAAAUGGCUCGUGAGCUGGAAACCUACAUGAAGGAAGUCGGAGCAGACGGAGACGCCGGUGCUGCUCGAGACGACCUUGACGACGACGAUGAGGAUGAUGAUGAUGACGAGGAGGAUGAGGGUGACUCCGAGGAGGAGGACACACAUCAAGAGCCAGAAGUCGGAUCCAGUAGCACAGAGGUCGAGGAAAGUGCAAAACGCCUAGAGGCUUUAGAUGUCUCUGGUUCAUCAAGGCAGUGA